CCGCAUUUUCAUGUCCACAGGAAGGCGCUAUAUGGCAUCUGUCCUUCGCCGUUUGGCUGUUCCAGCGACCCUCAUACCCCUGAGCGUUCCUGUAGGACUCUACGCCUUCGCCAAACUAAACCCGGAGAAAACAACGGCCUACGCCAAGCCUGUGUUCCUCUGGCUGUGUGCCAAACUCAAAACAUUCCACCAGGAGAGAUUUUGUGUACUGAAAGAGGACGUCUUUUCUGGACUGAAGAAACAGGAUGGGAGAAAUUUGCAAGUUUUGGAAAUUGGACCGGGAAAGGGAGCAAACUUCGAAUAUUUUCCCCCAAGAACUUCUGUGAUUGCGGUUGACCCCAACAUUGAAUUUGCACAGGAACUUGAAGAAAAUUCCAAACAGUACCCGGAUGUUAAGGUGACGAAGUUCGUAGUUGCGGGUGCAGAAGACAUGUCUGCCGUGGCGGAGGGAUCUGUGGACGCGGUGGUGUGUACUUUGGCCCUGUGCUCCGUCCAAGACGUCGACGCUGUCCUUGGGGAGGUCAAGAGAGUUCUCAAACCGGGCGGUAAGUUCUACUAUUUCGAGCACGUUCGGCACCCUAGCCGGACCCGGACACAAUACCUGCAGCAACUCUUCAACCCCGUCUUCUAUUCUCUCGGGGGCGGCUGUAACCUCACCAGGGAGACGUGGAAGAACAUUGACAAGGCAGGCUUCUCUGACGUCAAGUACAAAAUGGAGGACAACGUUAGGCCCAAGUUCAUCUUUCAUAUGCUUUACGGGACGGCAACAAAGUAGAGUAAAUGAUAAAACUAGAAAGAUAUCAUUUGCAUGAUCACAAACAAACUACUGCUCUGUUUAUUCCUCACGUUCAUGUAAGUGGUCAACAGCCCUUUAACACUUGCUACAUAAUGUUACCCAACACGACAGGGUGUUUGCUACAACACCAGUUACCAUGGUGACAAGCGUCUGGCCCA